AGUAUCGAGAGCCAUAAGAACUCAACUUGAUGGGAGUUAAAUAGUUUAUUCUGUGGUGCCAGUGGCUAAUAUUUACUCUUUGCCGAGUAUUUGAGAAACAUAAACAUUUUUACAAUCGUGGUUUAGAGUGAGUAUAUCCAUAAAUAUCGUAACUUAUUAGUGAGAAGAAGUGUGGAUUAACCAUGCAAAAUCAAAAGCAGUGUGCCCAACAUAAGCGAUGUAAAAACUCAAAACUGUCGUAUGAGUUUGAAGUAUGGUUGACGAAGCUACAAAAUCUACAUUAAGCGGUAUUCCGUUACUUAAAACUAAAGCAGGGCCAAGAGAGAAAGAAUUAUGGGUACAAAGAUUAAAGGAAGAGUACCAGUGCCUUAUUAAGUACGUACAAAAUAAUAAGGCUGCUGAUAACGAUUGGUUUCGACUAGAAUCUAACAAAGAAGGGACAAGAUGGUUUGGGAAGUGCUGGUAUAUCCAUAACCUUCUGAAAUACGAGUUUGAUGUCGAGUUCGAUAUACCAGUUACCUAUCCGACGACGGCGCCGGAAAUAGCUCUUCCAGAACUUGAUGGAAAGACAGCAAAAAUGUACAGAGGUGGAAAAAUUUGUUUAACCGAUCAUUUCAAACCGUUAUGGGCCAGAAAUGUUCCGAAGUUUGGAAUUGCACAUGCGAUGGCGUUAGGGUUGGGACCAUGGUUGGCAGUGGAGAUUCCAGAUAUGGUUGAGAAAGGAGUCAUUUCGUACAAGGAAAAAUCGGAGGGAUGACCCAUAUGAAGAGAAUAGGACAAAUCAGAUUUGGUGUCGACAACAAAUGACAUCCAGAAAUUCACUGGCUGUGAAUGUCAUUCCUUGACCAUAAUUUCUAUUGUACUUUUGCGUGCACAUGUAUGAAAAGUUGACAUACAGAGAUAUUUGUGAUUUAA